AAUCCUGCGCGGGACAAGAACACAGGGACCUCCCAGAGGCACACGCACCUCCCGUCUGCAGCCCAGCAUCAGGAGAGGCACAAAUUCUGCCCCAAAUUCCCAAGGAUGAUGAUGGGACUCCGAUCACAGGCCAAGCCCGUGAAGUCCGGUCUGCCUCUUCCGGGGCCCGAGAGCGGCCUGUACAGCCAGUACGAGCAGAAGGUGAGCCCCCGCACUGACCUCAUCGGCUCCCUGCGGACCCUGGGUGUGGAGCGGGACCUGGCCCCGGCCACCAUCGCUGUCAUCGGGGACCAGAGCUGGGGCAGGAGCUCCUGCGGGAAGCUCUGUCGGGGUCGCCCUCCCCAGAGGCAGUGGUAGGCAGAGCUGGGCCGGCUCUGCUCUCCCCGCGGGCCACAAAGCAUCCUGGGGGUACCAGGCGUUUCAGACAUUGGCCCCGGGAGGCUUAGGUCUACGGGCAUGGCCUGGGCUGCCCCCAGGUCUCUGACCCCCUUUCGCAUCCUUAGCCGUCGCUGGGCCUGUGUCCGUCGGGGCCCGGAACCUGACGGCCCAGCCCUGACUCCAGACCUUGUCCAGUGGUCUGUGGCAGGCAUGUCUUUGAUGACACCGAGCUUGUAAGUCUCAGGUGCCGUGUGAAGUCGUUCCGAAGAAUUUUCUCAGUGUUUGGAAAAAGCGAUUAGCCAGGGUCAUAGUGUGA